UGCGGGAAACGCAGAGGCUUUAGCCGUAGCCUUCCAGCAGACAACCUGCUGGGUAAACAACAGUGAAUGUCUCGCAAGGCUGGAAUGGAACUUCGUCGAGGGCAAACAGUUUUGUGAGAUGCAGCGGGCAGAAGCCUAUGCAUUAGUCUGAGUGCCCUGUUUGUUUGCCUGGUGAGGACAGACGUGCCAACAUGAAGAGCGAGGUGCCGCCUGUGACUGCCGGUCGACAAGAACACCUAAAGGAGCCGCUGGUAAACCCAGAACCCAUUGAGGGAGCUAAGAGCUUUGCUAACAACAUGGAGGUGAUUGGAAAGGCGGGCAGCGACUUUGAAACCCUAUGUGAAUCCAGGCAUCGUCCCCUGAGAGACACAGGGGCCCGCAGAGACUCCGAGCGCACCCUUCUUGGGCGCAGAAAAAGGAGAGGCCAACAGGCAGGGCCAUCGGACUGCUCGCUAAAGGAGGGCCACAUCAGUGAGAGCUCAUUGGCCCCUCAACGUCCCAGAGUAGAACUUUUAAAUCCAAGCGAGGAUGAACACAACCACGAGUCCUCUUUUAGUGACUGUGCUUCAUCCCCAUCAUCUAGCCUGCGGUUUGGGGACUCGGACACUCUGAGCUCUGACGAUGAAGGGGAAGCUGGAGCAACAGGGGGGCAACGGAAGGCUUCUGCCCUAACAGCAGGAGGAGGUGCUGGAGUUGGCCUGCGUCCUAAUUUGGGUCGAACUCGGGGGAACCGCGCUCAUAAAUGGAUGAGGUCCGAGGCUGAGCCCAUGCUGCUGAAACGGCCUUGUCAGAGCAGCCGGCGGCCAGUGCAUAGGAAACGCUUUGUGAAGGCGGCUUCUGGAGAGGGCCAGCGGACUCAGAAACAAAAGGAACGACUGCUGCUGCAGAGGAAGAAACGGGAAGUGAUUGCUAGUAGGAAAUAUGCUCUGCUUCAUAGCACCAGUAGUUCCAGUGAAGAGAUAAGCAGCGACUCGUCCUCCCCUUCUUCUACUGAGGCAGAAGAUGAACUCUAUGUUGACGUCAGCAGCACCAGUAGCCAGCCCAACAGUGCCACUGUAACCACAGGGACUUUGGAUGAGGAUGUGGUGGUGAUUGAGGCGUCUCCAGCCCCUCCAACUACCAUUCCUGCAAGCGAGGAGAUCAACGUCACCUCAACCGAUAGUGAGGUGGAGAUCGUCACAGUCGGAGAUGGAUUCAGGUCACGAUCUCUGGGGGGUCUUGGCAGAAUUUGGCCCAGUAGUUGCUCUCAGAAUCGCCUGCAGGAGCCCCGAGGACGUCACCGACUGUCCACAGUUAUCCAACCACUGCGUCAGAAUGCUGGGGAGGUCGUGGAUCUCACUGUUGAUGAAGAUGACCUUACUGUUGUGCCAACAACUUCUGGGAGCAUUCACACUCAAACAGUUAGGUCAUCUUCUUCGUCCUCCCAUCACACGUCUACCUCAGAGCUCAAUGAUGCCCCAGGCCCUUCAACUAGUUGCUCUAGUUCACUACCUGAAAGUAUGCACAUGCAGAGACCAAGUGGUUCUGCUCGCACAUCUGCAGAGGAUGACAGUAGAGCAAGUCUGUCUGGAGCAGCAGGAGACAACACAGGCACGGCAAUGCCCAGACUCCCAUCCUGCUGUCAGCAGCACUCCUCAUGCGGAGGAGGCCCCUCCCCUGCUCACCUGUCCCUGAGCCACGCCCAUCCCAGCUGUUUGCAGGCAUCCUCAUCUCAGCAGAGCAAUUCUCAGCACACUCACAACAGUGCUCAUCACUUUCACCACCAUGUGCACCAUCCUGCUCCACAGCCCCCAGGCACCGUGCCCUUCAUAGAGCCCAGCUGCCCCGUGGAGCGUCCCGGUGCUCUCCCUGCACCGUGCGCUGGAAUUGGCAGCAACAGUGCUAACAAUGCCGUUCAUUACCAUGACCAGCAAACUCUGCCAGUAGACCUGAGCAACAGCAGCGUUCGAAGCAGUGGAAACGGUGGUCCGAGUUUCCAUGGCAGCACUUCAGCUUUUGACCCAUGCUGCCCAGGCUCCACAUCGCGACCCCCAGCUUACGUUUCACAUGCCCCCCCAGGCCCAAGCCAGCCUGCUGUGGUUGACUCGUUCAGCUCCUCCAUGGUGGCUCAACCACAAACACAACCUCAGCCCUGCAGACAUUACAUGCACCCAACCUAUGGCUCUCUGACACGCUCACUGCAUCACCAGUCCUCCUCUGUUUGCCCUCAUUCCCAUGGAAACCCUCAGCUUACACCUCAGCCCACUCAGCAAGGCGGGUUUCUGAUUCCUCGCACCUUCCCCACACCACUGUCAUCCCAUCCGUCGAGUCACACUGUGCCCCCUGCCCCCCCCACUGCUCUGACCACUCACCCCCUCUCUAAUUCAAGUGCCCCACUCACCCAGCACCUUCCCGCAGACCACCAGACCUUAUUGCACCAUAUGCCACCUUUGGGACCUUCGGUGCAGAGGCUCCAUCAACACGAGAUGCUUCAGAGGAUGGAAGUUCAGAGACGCAGGAUGAUGCAGCAUCCCACACGAGCACACGAGCGUCCACCUCCACACCCUCACAGAAUGCACCCCAACUAUGGCCAUGGACACCACAUCCAUGUGCCACAAACCAUGUCUUCCCAUCCUCGCCAGCCGGAGCAGAGAACAGCAUGGGAGCUUGGCAUCGAGGCUGGAGUACCUGUGGCCCCUUACCCUUCAGGGCAUCUGCAUUCCCACCUGCCCCACUACCAUGCCCCACCAAGGCUGCACCACUUUCCUAUCUCUGUUAUGCACGCUGGCAUUUCUGAUAUGACCUACCCGCAUAUUAGGUACAUCUCAUCUAGAAUGACUGGCUUUGGAAGAACAUAUGAGGACCUACUGCAUUUAGAGGAACGGCUGGGGACUGUCAACAGAGGAGCCUCUCAGGGAACCAUAGAGAGGUGCACCUACCCGCACAAAUACAAAAAGAAGGUGUUGGAGAGAGACAUUGACCAACAGUUAACCCCUGAAGCUUGGGCAUCUAUUGGGAAAAAUAUGCACCCAACCCCAGAAUCGAGAAAGCUGCAUGGUAAACAAGACGAAGACCAAGGUGCAGAUGAAGACACAGAAGAGAAGUGCACCAUCUGCUUGUCGAUCCUGGAGGAGGGCGAGGAUGUCAGACGUUUGCCGUGCAUGCACCUCUUCCAUCAGCUGUGCGUGGAUCAGUGGCUCCUUACCAAUAAGAAGUGCCCCAUCUGCAGAGUGGACAUCGAGGCGCAGCUGUCCGCUGAGAGUUGAUGCUGUUGUUCUAACAUUUUAAAAAUUCUUAAGAAUUUAUUUUCAGAUCAUACUAAUUUCCUCUUCAGUUCUCCAGUCAACCAAAGAUGGCAUGAAUUACCUGCGCAACUCUAUGAGAAAUAAAAAAGUAUAAAAAAAACCCCACAUCUGACAGAAAAAGCACUGACCCCUAGAGUGCCGGCUCUCGCAUUACUACAACGGGCUAGACUUCUUCAUUAAGGGUUAAAGAUUUUAUUGUAUUUAUAAAGCUUUUAUGUAGCUUUCAAUUGUUUCCUCAAGUGUCAUUUGUUUUGUUUCUUUGCAUGUUUCCUUGCAAUGCAUUUCUUUGCACAUAUAAUUGGGCUUUUCGCAGUUGCAGUUGAGGGAAGCUGCUCUAGUAAAGAUGCAUUUCUGUAAAACCUAAUGCCUUGCUUUACUAGACUAGAAUGUCAACCUCCAGUUAGAAAACAUAAAAAAAAAACAUUGCAGGAUUCAUUUUAACAAUCAUUGUAUUGAUUAGCUUAUUUUUAGAAGAUGUGGAUUGUUGGUAAAAAUAAAUUUUAUUUCUCUUUUUUCUUUUUUUUUUUCUUUUUCGUUUCGUUUUGUAAGUACGUCAAGACAUUCCUGACUAGGGAUAUAUUUUAACAGAUCAGCUGCUGUAUUAAUGCACACCCAGUAUUCCUGAAGUGGAAAUAAACUCUAUUGUUCCCUUCCAGAAUAUGCACUUGCUUUUGCCACCGUUCCAUCUCCCUCCUGCACCUUCAGUAUAUCACAACACCGUCAUUGCCACCAUCUGAUGUGUUUGGGAGAGCAAGAAAAGGAAUGUCAAAUCCUCCCUCGACUGUUCUUUCGCAACCCAGCGAUUGUUAGUAAACUGCUGUGAAUCUCCUCUUCGGCAGACAGGCGUUUCUUUUUCUGUGACGUGAUCUCAGGCCUACGUGUGUUUAAAAGGACCACAUCUCGGCCAGAGAAUCGGGGUCUUUGUAAUCCAUUUGAUACGGGCAGCGGCCCAAGUUAUGAAUUCAUCCCGUGUGUGUGUGUUCAGAGGGAAAUGUGCAGCUUUAGUUCGGAUAACGUUGCUUGGUCUGACACUUCAUACCACUUUUUUACCCAUCCUUCCUCUUCCUCUCUGUGGGGUUGAGCUGCAGGGUCCGCUGGACGCUGCAGACAGAAGAACACUAAAACUGGGGAAUAAAUUGCAUAUAUUUUCACAAGAGAGCAAAGGGUCAGAGGAUUCAAGUGUUUGACAGUGUGCUAAAGCAAAGUAUUUCCACUCUGAAUUAUUAAAAACAAUAGUUAAAAAGAAAAAAGAACUUUUGAAUUGAGUGUUAAAAUGCAGUACUUGAAGCAGGUAUCAACGCAUCUAUUGACUUCAAAGCACCAGAAUCAUAUUCUGUGGGAUUUAUAUUAGUUUUGAAAAUAAUAUUAAUAAACUUGGAGAACUCUUGA